GCGGGAAUCGCGGUUUUGGUCUGCCUGUUUAUUGAGGCAGAAGGAUCGGGCUCAUUACUCGAAUCCCAAUGUGGAAAAACAACUACGAGUAUCGGCUUCCGAUUGACUAGAGCCAAAAAAGCAAACAUAUUUUCGAAUCCAUGGAUGGUUUUGUUAGUCGCAAAUCGCACCGAAAGGAGUUGUGGCGGCUCACUCAUCACCUCUCGUUUUGUUUUGACGGCCGCACACUGCAUUCCUGAAUAUUACAUUCCUUUGAAGGUCCGCUUGGGCGAAUACAACGUAAGGCAUCCGGGAAGGGAUUGCACGCCAUCGGGAUGCAUAGAUAGGGCUUACGAACUUAAUGUCAUUAGAAGACUGGUGCACCCAAUAUAUUACUAUAAUCCAGGCAAAUAUAUAUUUGACAUAGGCCUGCUUCUAAUGGAAAGACAGGUGUUUUUCUCAGACUAUGUCAGACCGAUUUGCCUCCUCGUCAAUGGCCAACAUACAUACAUUCCAUCAUAUAAUGUCACCGGUUGGGGUAAGACUGAAUCCGGUGGGUACCCCAAUGAACUACAGACAGCCACCGUAUUUCAUGUUGACAAUUGGCGCUGCAGUCGAAAGUUUAAAAGGUUAGAUCAUCCAUCCGAAUUGUGUGCUUAUAAUGAGGAUAGCGACACAUGUGAUGGAGAUUCUGGGGGCCCGUUGAGCGCUGAGAUACCUUUCGAAGGAAGAAAUCGGACUUUCCAGUUCGGUAUUGUCAGCGUAGGAUCAGAACUCUGUAAUGCCGCAACGGUUUACUCAAGUGUAAUGUACCAUAUGGGCUGGAUCGUCGAUACUAUAAACGCAAACUUAACUCCAUAACAUGUUUUUGUUAAUAAAAAAAAUCACUU